AUGGCGGGCCGACUCCUCCUCUUCGUGUUCAUCUCUGUGAUGCUCGGCCACGUUGACCUCCUGUCUGGCCAGCGUCUGAAGCCCCGCCUCCAGAGAGACCGCCGCAACAUCCGUCCAAACAUCAUCCUGAUCCUGACGGACGACCAGGACCAGGAGCUGGGGUCGAUGCAGGCAAUGAAUAAGACGCGUCGCAUCAUGGAGGAGGGCGGAACUUCUUUCUCCAACGCCUUUGUGACCACGCCCAUGUGCUGUCCGUCACGGUCCAGCAUGCUCACUGGGAAGUACGUCCACAACCACAACACGUACACUAACAAUGAGAACUGUUCCUCCAUGUCGUGGCAACGGCAGCACGAGCCGCGGACCUUUGGGGUCUACCUCAACAACACUGGAUACAGGACAGCGUUCUUUGGGAAGUACCUGAACGAGUACAAUGGCUCAUACGUCCCGGCCGGAUGGAGGGAGUGGCUCGGUUUGGUGAAGAACAGCCGCUUCUACAACUACACGCUGAGCCGCAACGGAGUGCGAGAGAAACACGGGGCGCAGUACCCACAGGACUACCUGACCGACCUGAUCACGGCCGAGUCCAUUCGAUACUUCCGCUCCUCAAAGAGAGUUUAUCCUCACCGCCCGGUGAUGAUGGUGCUGAGCCACGCAGCGCCGCACGGACCUGAAGACUCGGCGCCACAGUACAGCACCGCCUUCCCCAACGCAUCACAGCACAUUACUCCCAGUUAUAACUACGCUCCAAACCAGGACAAACACUGGAUCAUGCGUUACACUGGUCCCAUGAAGCCCAUCCACAUGGAGUUCACCAACAUGCUGCAGAGGAAACGCCUGCAGACGCUGCUGUCUGUGGAUGACAGCGUGGAGAAGCUAUACAACAUGCUGGUGGAGACCGGAGAGCUGGAGAACACCUACAUCAUCUACACGUCUGAUCAUGGUUACCACAUCGGACAGUUUGGCCUCGUCAAAGGUAAAUCCAUGCCAUAUGAGUUUGACAUCCGAGUCCCGUUCUUCAUCAGAGGACCCAACGUGGAGCAAGGCAGCAUUAACCAUCACAUGGUCCUGAACAUCGAUCUGGCUCCGACCAUCCUGGACAUCGCCGGCCUCGACACUCCGCCAGACAUGGACGGGAAGUCGAUCCUGUCUCUGCUGGACACCGACAAACCUGCCAACAGGUUCCAGCUGAACAGGAAGCCAAAGGUGUGGAGAGACUCCUUCCUGGUGGAGAGAGGGAAGCUCCUGCACCAGCGUGUGGAGGGAAAAGAAGUGUCGCAGGAGGAGAACUUCCUGCCCAAACACCAACGAGUAAAAGACCUGUGUCAGAGAGCCGAGUACCAGACGGCCUGUCAGCAGACUGGACAGAAGUGGCAGUGUGUGGAGGAUGCCACGGGUAAACUCCGCCUCUUCAAAUGUAAAAAUGAAGGGGGAGGGGCUAAGAACUUCCAGAGGGGCAUGGCCAGUCGUCAGCGUCCACUCAGCAUCAAGUCUCAGCUGUACCACCGCAACCUUGAUGCCUGUGACUGCAGCCUGCGUGACCUCCGACCUCUGAGCCCGCGGCCCUCCACGAUGAGACCGUUCAACAAGAAACCUUUCUUCUCCAAGAAGAAGUUUAAAGCCCUGAAGAGUUACUCCAGGAACCGUUACAGCCGCUCCGUGUCCAUGACCAACAGUUAUCCCGGUAACCACAGCUUGGGGGGCGGGGCCAACUGGGCUCAGUCAAUAACAGACGAGCCUGAGGAUGAGUUCAGCGGGAUGGGAGGAGUUCCCAACGUCGUGGCCCCGCCCAACUCCCACAAGGUCACACACAGAUGUUCCAUCCUGUCCAAUGCCACAGUCAGGUGUGAUACAGGAGUCUAUCAGUCUCUGCAGGCCUGGAAGGAUCACAAGCUGCACAUCGACCACGAGAUUGAGACGCUGCAGACCAAGAUAAAGAACCUGAGAGAGGUCAGAGGUCACCUGAAGAAGGCCCGCCCCCUCCAGUGUGACUGUAAUAAAUAUCUGUAUAAAUCCAAACUGAAGAACAAGCUGAGGUUCAGAGGAGGAGGACACCCGUUCAGGAAGGGCGGAGCUCGGGACAAGAAGGCGUGGCUUCUAAAGGAGCAGAAGAGGAGGAAGAAAAUGAGGAAGAUGAUCAAGAGGAUCAGAAACAACGACACAUGUUCAAUGCCCGGACUCACCUGCUUCACACACGACAACCAGCACUGGCACACUGCACCAUACUGGACAUUGGGUCCGUUCUGUGCCUGCACCAGCGCCAACAACAACACCUACUGGUGUCUGAGGACGAUCAACGAGACCCACAACUUCCUGUUCUGUGAGUUCGCCACCGGCUUCCUGGAGUACUUUGACCUCAACACAGACCCAUACCAGCUGAUAAACGCCGUCAGCUCUUUAGACCGCACCGUCCUCAACCAGCUCCACGUUCAGCUGAUGGAGCUCCGAGGCUGCAGGGGACACAAGCAGUGUAACCCCCGCACACGCUCACUGGAGCAGGCAGGGGGGCGGGAACACGGCAGCUUCGAUGACUACAGGGUGUUUGAGAGGAGGAAGUGGCCGCGAAUCAAGAAACCUUCAUCGUCUCGAACCCUAGGUCCGAUCUGGGACGGCUGGAAGGGCUGAGCCUCCUGAUUGGUCGGAGCAGGCUCCUGACUCCACCCACAGCAGCCUGAAGGAGCAGGGCGUGGUCGUCGAGGCGGCGGCGGCACCAGUCAACAACCACGCCCCCCUCUGUCUCAACCGGUUAGCCAGUCAGCUUCUGCCAUCUCUGUGACAUCACUUGGCCCCUCCCACCCCGCUGCUCAGGGAGACGCUGGGACGAAACACUGUUCAUCAGCUGCUCCUCCUCCUCAGCUCCUAUCUUCUCCCUGGAGGAGGAGGAGCAGCUUCGGGCAGAGGAGCCAGAGGAAGGAGGAAGGAGGCAAGGAUGAGGACAGAGAGGAGGACGGUGGUGAUGAAGAGGAGGAUGAGGAGGAGGAGGAGGAGAGCAGGGUGAAUGAAGUCCACAGACGACUGUUAAACAUCAGCAGGGUCAUUUAAGAGUCAGAUAUUUCUCUGAUACUCCUGGUUCAGUCUGUAAUCUGAUUACUUUGUGUCUGAUUUCCUUUAAACAGGUGAAACAAUCUGUCCGUUUAGUCCGAGUGUUUCUGACGAAGAUCAUGUUUCAGCUUCAGCUGAGUGUCCAUGAUGUCGUAUUUAAGAUGACAAGUUUGAGCUCUUUAUUCAUGACAGUAAUUUAGCUGGUUUACACCUCUUGACACAUCUUGAAAUGCAUCUUGGGUGAUCGGAUCAAAACUGGACACGAGUGUUAAGGCCUCUGCACACUGAGUCCUUUUUUAUCAUCCAAAAUUGUCGCACAACUAAAAAUAAAUAUGACUUCACAUUGUAUUCAU